AUGGUUGAAAAAUUUAAUUCAGAUUUUAUUUUAUUACCAAAUGAUAUUAUUGAUCAAGAUGUAACACGAUAUAUUCAAUAUCCAUUAACAAUAUCAAAUACAAAUAAUCCUCUAGAAACACAACAAUCAUUAUUUCAUUCAUGUACAUCACCAAUUAAUGAUUGUUUACAUAAUACAUUUAAAAAUGUAUCAACCCAAUCGAAUGUUGAAUGUAAUUUACCUGUAGUUGAUCUUUUAAAUAUUUAUAAUAUACAAAUAUCAGAAACUAUGUCAACACAAUCAUCAUGUUCAACAAAUGAUUUAAAUCAUGAAUAUACUGGAAUUAAUCGAUCAUUACUUAAUGAUUCUGAAUAUAUUCGAGCACAACGAUUAGAUCUGGAACUUCUUAUUAUGCUUGAAAUAGAUACAUCUAUUGAACAUUCUUCUCUUGAAGAAGAUCCAGACGACGAAGCAGAAUUCAAUCGUUUGUAUGAUGAAGUAUUAAGAAAAAAUUUCAAUCUUAAACAAGAAUUAAAAACAUUACAAGAAUUUGAACUAAUUAAUUCGCCAUGGUUAUGUAGAUCUUGUACAGUAAUUAAUGAACCAUAUAUUAAAACUUCACGUGAUACUUGUGUAGUAUGUGAAAGUCCAAGUCCAUUUAAAUGUGCUAUAUUAACCGAAUGA